GACUCCCCCAGACCAUGGGUGUCGGCCGGAGGCAGCUGGCCCAGCUCUGGGCCCUGGCGCUCACUCUGGCCUGCGCCCAGCGCUCAGGCCAGGCCGGGGACAGCUCUGCAGACCUCGGCCGUGAGAGCCCAGACCCGCCUCCUGCUCUCCAGGGGCCCGGUGGUGACCUCCUCCGCAAGGUGACCGUCCACCCGCCUCUGAGGACCACCCCCGUGGUGCGAGCCCUGAACGCGGCGCACGGCGGCCAGGUGUGCAGCACCUGGGGCGACUUCCACUACAAGACCUUCGACGGCGACGUCUUCCGCUUCCCGGGCCUGUGCAACUAUGUCUUCUCGGCGCACUGCGGCGCCGCCUACGAGGACUUCAACAUCCAGCUCCGCCGUGGCCCGGCGCCGAACGCCACCGCGCCCAGCAGGGUCACCAUGAAGCUGGACGGCAUGGUCGUCGAGCUGACCAAGAGCUCCGUCCUGGUCAAUGGCCGCACAAUUCAGCUGCCCUUCAGCCAGUCCGGGGUCCUCGUUGAGCAGAGCAGCAGCUACGUGAAGGUGGUGGCCCGGCUGGGGCUGGUCUUCUUGUGGAACCAGGACGACAGUCUCUUGCUGGAGCUCGAUGCCAAAUACGCCAACAAGACCUGCGGGCUCUGCGGGGACUUCAAUGGCAUCCCUGUCUUCAACGAGUUCCUCUCCCACGAUGUCAGGCUGAGCCCUAUCGAGUUUGGGAACCUGCAGAAGAUGGACGGCCCCAUGGAGCAGUGUCAGGACCCCGUCCCUGAGUCCCCCGUGAACUGCUCGACCAGCUCCGACAUCUGCGAGGAGAUGCUCAGCGAGCUGUUCCCAGGCUGUGCCGCCCUGGUGGAUGCCAGCAGCUACCUGAACGCCUGUCAGCAUGAUCUCUGCCGCUGCCAGCAGGCCAACCUGACCAGCUGUCUCUGCCACACCCUCGCCGAGUACUCCCGCCAAUGCGCCCACGCCGGGGGGCAGCCCCUGGACUGGCGGGGCCCCCACCUCUGCCCCCAGACAUGCCCCCAGAACACGGAGUAUCGUGAGUGCGGCUCGCCCUGCGCAGACACCUGCUCCAACCUGGAGCACUCCCAGCUCUGCGAGGACCACUGCGUCGCCGGCUGCUUCUGCCCCAAGGGGAUGGUGCUCGAUGACGUCGGCCACACCGGCUGCAUCUCGGUGUCAGAGUGCUCCUGUGUGUACAACGGGGUGACCUACGCCCCGGGGACUGGCUACUCCACGGACUGCAGCAGCUGCACCUGUUCUGGAGGCCGGUGGAGCUGCCAAGAGGUGCCAUGUCCAGGCACCUGCUCGGUGCUGGGCGGCGCCCACUUCUCCACAUUCGACGAGAGGGAGUACACGGUGCAUGGGGACUGCAGCUACGUGCUGGCCAAGCCCUGUAACAGCAGCGCCUUCACCGUGCUGGCCGAGCUGCGCAGGUGCGGGCUGACGGACAGCGAGACCUGCCUGAAGAGCCUGACCCUCAGCUUGGCUGGGGGGCAGACGGUCAUCGUGGUCAAGGCCAGCGGGGAGGUGUUUGUGAACCAGAUCUAUACUCAGCUGCCCGUCUCCACAGCCAACGUCAUGCUCUUCAGACCUUCCACCUUCUUCAUCAUCGCCCAGACCCAGCUGGGCCUGCAGCUGGACGUCCAGCUGGUGCCCGUUAUGCAGGUGUUCGUGAGGCUGGCACCCCAGCUCCGGGGGCACACCUGCGGCCUGUGUGGGAAUUUCAACAGCAUCCAGGCAGAUGACUUCCGGACCAUCAGCGGCCUGGUGGAGGGCACGGCCGCCGCCUUCGCCAACACCUGGAAGACCCAGGCCGCCUGCCCCAACAUCAAGAAUAACUUCGAGGACCCCUGCUCCCUCAGCGUGGAGAACGAGAAGUACGCUCAGCACUGGUGCUCGCGGCUGACCGACACCCACGGCCCCUUCGCCACGUGCCACGCGGCUGUGAACCCCAGCACCUACUACUCGAACUGCAUGUUCGACACGUGCAACUGUGAGAAGAGCGAGGACUGCAUGUGUGCGGCCCUGUCCUCCUACGUGCGGGCCUGCGCCGCCCGGGGUGUGCUGCUCAGCGGCUGGCGGGACGGCGUGUGCACAACGCCCACGGCCACCUGCCCCAAGUCGCUGACCUACCGCUACCACAUCAGCACCUGCCAGGCCACCUGCCGGGCCCGCAGUGAUGAGGGGGACGCCACCUGCAGCGUCAGCUUCAUCCCCGUGGACGGCUGCACCUGCUCCAAUGACACUUUCCUGGAUGACACUGGCAAGUGUGUGCCGGCCACCAGCUGUCCCUGCUACUACCGGGGCUCCGUGGUGCCCAACGGGGAGUCACUGCACGACGGAGGGGCUGUCUGCACCUGCACCCAGGGCACACUGGCCUGCAUUGGAGGCCACGACCCCACUCCAGUCUGUGUUCCGCCCAUGGUCUACUUUGACUGUCGCAAUGCCACGCCCGGGGCCACUGGGGCCGGCUGUCAGAAGAGCUGUCACACCCUGGACAUGGACUGUUACAGCUCCCAGUGCGUGCCCGGCUGCGUGUGUCCAAGCGGGCUGGUGGCCAGCGGCGAAGGCGGCUGUAUCCCCGUGUCCGACUGCCCCUGCGUGCACAACGAGGCCAGCUACCCGGCCGGCCAGACCAUCCGCGUGGGCUGCAACACCUGCACCUGUACGAACAGGACGUGGCAGUGCACGGACCAGCCCUGCCUGGCCACCUGUGCCGUCUACGGGGACGGCCACUACCUCACCUUCGACGGGCAGCGCUACAGCUUCAGCGGGGACUGCGAGUACACGCUGGUUCAGGACCACUGCAGCGGGAACGGCAGCGCCCAGGGUGGCUUCCGCGUCAUCACCGAGAACAUCCCCUGUGGCAGCACGGGGACCACCUGCUCCAAGGCCAUCAAGCUCUUCCUGGGGAGCGACGAGCUGAAGCUGAGCGACGGCAAAGUGGAGGUGAUUGAGGAGGACCCCGGGCAGCCGCCGCCCUUCGCCAUCCGCCAGAUGGGCAUCUACCUGGUUGUGGACACGGACGCCGGCCUGGUGCUGCUGUGGGACAAGAAAACCAGCAUCUUCCUCACACUCAGUCCGGAGUUCAAGGGGAGGGUCUGCGGGCUGUGUGGGAACUUCGACGGCAACGCCCUCAACGACUUCACCACGCGGAGCCAGUCCGUGGUGGGCGACGUGCUGGAGUUCGGCAACAGCUGGAAAUUCUCCCCGUCCUGCCCGGACGCCCGGGCCCCCAAGGACCCCUGCACGGCCAACCCGUACCGCAAGUCCUGGGCCCAGAAGCAGUGCAGCAUCAUCAAUAGCGCCACCUUCAGCGCCUGCCACGCCCACGUGGAGCCGGCCAGGUACUAUGAGGCCUGCGUGAGCGACGCGUGCGCCUGCGACACAGGGGGCGACUGCGAGUGUUUCUGCACGGCCGUGGCCGCCUACGCCCGGGCCUGCCACGAAGUGGGCGUGUGCGUGUCCUGGCGGACCCCGGACAUCUGCCCCCUGUUCUGUGACUACUACAACCCCCAGGGCCAGUGCGAGUGGCACUACCUACCCUGCGGGGCACCCUGCAUGAGGACCUGCCGGAACCCCCGCGGCCAGUGCCUGCAUGACAUCCAGGGCCUGGAAGGCUGCUACCCCAAGUGCCCGCCAGAGGCCCCCAUCUUUGACGAGGACCAGAUGCAGUGUGUGACCUCCUGCCCGACCCCGCCCCCACCAGCGCCCUGCCGUGUCCAGGGCAAGACCUACCGGCCGGGCUCCAUCGUGCCCUCAGACGAGAACUGCCACUCCUGUGUGUGCACCGCGAGCGGCGUGCAGUGCGCCUACGACCCUGACGCCUGUGUCUGCACCUACGAUGGGCGGCGCUUCCGGCCGGGGGAAGUCAUCUACCACACGAGCGACGGCACGGGGGGCUGCAUCUCCGCCCGCUGUGGGGCCAACGGCACCAUCGACAGGGGCGUCUCCACCUGCAGCCCUGCCACCCCCACCCCCCAAACCACCUUCGUGUUCUCCACGUCCCCGCUCGUUGUCAGCUCCACGCUUCUGCCCAGCACACGCCCCAGCCCUGCCACGAGCUCGACACACACGCCAAGCAGGGCCUCGCCCACCACCCCAGGCACACCCCCCGGACCCACGCCCCACUGUGGGGAGGAGUGCCUGUGGUCGCCGUGGCUGGAUGUCAGCCGUCCGGGACUGGGCAUAGACAGCGGUGACUUCGACACGCUGGAAAACCUCCGUGCCCACGGGUACCGGGUCUGCCGUGCGCCCAGGGCCGUGGAGUGCCAAGCUGAGGAUGCCCCGGGGGUGCCCCUCCGCGCCCUGGGCCAGCGCGUGGAGUGCAGCCCGACGGUGGGGCUGAUCUGUUACAACAGGGACCAGCCCUCGGGGCACUGCGACAACUAUCAGAUCAGGAUCCUGUGCUGCUCACCCAGGGCCUGCCCCCCAGGCAGCACAGCGACCUCUCCCCCUCCAGCCUUCAACACAACUGAAACUGGGCCCACGCCAGGAACCAGCGGGUUCACCUCUGUGCUGACGGGGAGCACAGCUUCCUCAGUCCCUGUCACCACGACUGGCCCAACCACUGUCCCUACAACUAGCAUAACACCUGGCCCGGGUACCUCUACCUCUGGCCCAGGAACCCCUACACCUGCCCCAGGUAGCCCUACACCUGCCCCAGGUACCUCUACCUCUGGCCCAGGAACCCCUACACCUGGCCCAGUUUCAACAACGACCUCUGUGGCCCCAAGUAAGCCCACCUCACAUGAACCCAGCCCAGUCACCUGCUUGCAAGAGUCCUGCACGUGGACCAAGUGGAUUGACGGCAGCUACCCCGGACCAGACAGAAACAGUGGAGAUUUUGAUACUUUUCAAAAUCUGAGAGCCAAGGGAUACAGAUUCUGUGCCAAGCCCGUGAAUGUGGAAUGCCGGGCCGAGAGCUUCCCUGACACCCCGCUGCAGGCCCUAGGGCAGGACGUGAUCUGUGACAAAACCGUGGGGCUGGUUUGCCUGAACAAAGACCAGCUGCCCCCAAUCUGCUACAACUACGAAAUCCGAAUCCUGUGCUGCGAGAUGGUAGACACGUGCCUAAGAAGUACAACCAAGCCUUUCACACCUGAGACCACACGACAGAGCAUCAGUCCCUGGACCACAGGGGUGGUGUCGCCUUCCACACAGCACAGCACUGCCUCCUCAGGACACACACCCACAGCCUCCAGCGUCACAUCUAGCUGGCACGGGCCAACACCACCCAGCCCCACGCCAUGUCAGCCCCAGUGCCUCUGGUCCAAGUGGUUCGACGUGGACUUCCCGUCCCCCGGGCCCCACGGAGGAGACUUUGAGACCUACAGCAAUAUCCUCCGAAGCGGACAAAAGAUCUGCCGGCAACCUGAGUACAUCAGCGACCUGCAGUGCCGAGCCCAGAACCACCCCGAGGUGAGCAUCCAGAAGCUGGGCCAGGUGGUGGAGUGCAGGCCGGAGGUGGGCCUGGUGUGCAGGAACCAGGACCAGGGGGGCAAGUUCAGGAUCUGCCUCAACUAUGAGGUGCGUGUGCUCUGCUGUGAGCCCAAGAAAGACUGCCCUGUCAGCCCGAUCACACUUCCCACCACCACCAGCCAUCUCCAGCUCAGCUCCAACCACCAGUGCAACCACUGUGCAGUCAAGCAGCUCCAGCUCGGCUCCAACCACCAGUGCAACCUCUGUGCAGACAAGCAGCUCCAGCUCACCUCCAAUAUCCAGCACCAUCUCUGUGCAGACAAGCAGCUCCAGCUCGGCUCCAACCACCAGUGCAAACUCUGUGCAGACAAGCAGCUCCAGCUCAGCGCCUACCACCAGUGCAAUCUCGACCUCUCCAAGCAGCUCAGGCUCUGCUCCAACCACCAGUGCAACCUCUGUGCAGACAAGCAGCUCCAGCUCACCUCCAAUAUCCAGCACCACCUCUGUGCAGCCAAGCAGCUCCAGCUCGGCUCCAACCACCAGUGCAACCUCUGUGCAGACAAGCAGCUCCAGCUCACCUCCAAUAUCCAGCACCACCUCUGUGCAACCAAGCAGCUCCAGCUCGGCUCCAACCACCAGUGCAACCUCUGUGCAGUCAAGCAGCUCCAGCUCACCUCCAAUAUCCAGUACCACCUCUGUGCAGACAAGCAGCUCAGGCUCUGCUCCAACCACCAGUGCAACCUCUGUGCAGACAAGCACCUCCAGCUCACCUCCAAUAUCCAGCACCCUCUCUGUGCAGCCAAGCAUCUCCAGCUCAGUGCCAACCACCAGCGCAACCUCUGUGCAGCCAAGCAGCUCCAGCUCAGCUCCAACCACCAGUGCAACCUCUGUGCAGACAAGCAGCUCCAGCUCACCUCCAAUAUCCAGUACCACCUCUGUGCAGCCAAGCAGCUCAGGCUCUGCUCCAACCACCAGUGCAACCUCUGUGCAGCAAAGCAGCUCCAGCUCACCUCCAAUAUCCAGCACCAUCUCUGUGCAGACAAGCAGCUCCAGCUCGACUCCAACCAACAGUGCAACCUCUGUGCAGACAAGCAGCUCCAGCUCAGCGCCAACCACCAGCUCUGCUCCAACCACCAGUGCAACCUCUGUGCAGCAAAGCAGCUCCAGCUCACCUCCAAUAUCCAGCACCAUCUCUGUGCAGACAAGCAGCUCCAGCUCGACUCCAACCACCAGUGCAACCUCUGUGCAGACAAGCAGCUCCAGCUCAGCGCCAACCACCAGUGCAACCUCUGUGCAGCCAAGCAGCUCCAGCUCAUCCUCAGCUCCAACCACCAGUGCAACCUCUGUGCAGACAAGCAGCUCCAGCUCACCUCCAAUAUCCAGUACCACCUCUGUGCAGCCAAGCAGCUCAGGCUCUGCUCCAACCACCAGUGCAACCUCUGUGCAGCAAAGCAGCUCCAGCUCACCUCCAAUAUCCAGCACCAUCUCUGUGCAGACAAGCAGCUCCAGCUCGACUCCAACCAACAGUGCAACCUCUGUGCAGACAAGCAGCUCCAGCUCAGCGCCAACCACCAGUGCAACCUCUGUGCACACCACCUCUGUGCAGCCAAGCAGCUCCAGCUCAGCUCCAACCACCAGUGCAACCUCUGUGCAGACAAGCAGCUCCAGCUCAGCGCCUACCACCAUGCAACCUCUGUGCAGACAAGCAGCUCCAGCUCAGCGCCUACCACCAGUCCCACGGUUACUCCGUCUCUGGCGACAUCCACCAGCUCCCCAUCACCCUCCAGCCAGACUUGCUAUUGCAGCGUGUCCGACAGGCUGUACCCCGCAGGAUCCAUCAUUUAUGAAGAGACCGACCUCUCGGGCCACUGCUACUACGCCGUGUGUAGCCUGGCCUGCCGCGUGGUCAGGCGGACAGACCUGAGUUGUCCCACCAGCAGGCCGCCUCCCGCCUCGUCCACGCCCCGACCCGGGUCCUCCCCCUCCUCCCGCGUCCCUCAGCAUGGAUGCCCCAAUGCCGUCCCCCCGAGAAUGAAGGGUGAAACCUGGCCGAUGCCCAACUGCACCGAGGCCUCCUGCGAGGGCAACGGUGUCAUCUCCGUGCGUCCGCGCCACUGCCCGAAGGUGCAGAAGCCAACGUGUGCCAAUGGCUACCCCGCGGUGAAGGUGGCCAAGCCAGAGGGCUGCUGCCAGGACUACCAGUGCCAGUGCGUGUGCAGCGGCUGGGGCGACCCGCACUACAUCACCUUCGACGGCACCUACUACACCUUCCUGGACAACUGCACCUACGUGCUGGUGCAGCAGAUCGUGCCCGUGUACGGGCACUUCCGGGUGCUGGUGGACAACUACUUCUGCGGCGCCGAGGACGGGCUGUCCUGCCCGCAGUCCAUCAUUGUCGAGUACCAGCAGGACCGCGUGGUGCUGACCCGCAGGCCCGUCCGAGGGGUGAUGACCAACCAGAUCAUCUUCAACAGCGAGGUGGUGAGCCCCGGCUUCCGGAAAGACGGCCUCGUCGUCUCCCAGGUCGGCAUCAAGAUGUACGUGGCCAUCCCCGAGCUCGGCGUCCAGGUCAUGUUCAGCGGCCUCAUCUUCUCGGUGGAGGUGCCCUUCAGCAAGUUCGCCAGCAACACGGAGGGGCAGUGCGGCACCUGCACCAAUGACCAGAAGGACGAGUGUCGCCUGCCUGGGGGCGCCGUGGUGGCCUCCUGCUCCGACAUGUCCAGCCACUGGAAGGUGACCCUCCCUGGCCAGCCACCCUGCCACGCGCCUCCCCCAACGCCCACUGUGGUGGAGCCCACGACUCCGCCCACCUCGUGCCCACCUUCGCCAAUCUGCCAGCUGAUUCUGAGCGAGGUCUUUGCACCGUGCCACGCGGAGAUCCCUCCGUGGCCAUACUUCCAAGGCUGCGUCUUCGACCACUGCCACAUGCCUGACACAGACAUGCUGUGCUCUGGCCUGGAGCUGUACGCCGCGCUCUGUGCCUCCCUGGGCGUGUGCAUCGACUGGAGGGGCCGGACCAACCACACGUGCCCCUUCCCCUGCCCCGCUGACACCGUGUUCCAGCCCUGCGGCCCGUCCAACCCCCCCUACUGUUACAUGAACGACAGCGCCAACGCUCUGGCCCUUCCGGAGGCCGGUUCCAUCACGGAAGGCUGCUUCUGCCCCCAGGGCACAAUGCGCUUCAGCACGGGCUCCGAGGUCUGCGUGCCGGCCGACUGCUCCUCCUGCAAUGCCACACGCUGCCCGGUGCCCGUGGAAUGUCCUGAGGGCUCCCACCUCGUCCUGACCUAUGAGGAGGGGGCCUGCUGCCCGAGCUACAGCUGCAACUGGACCUCCUGCAGCGUCAACGGUACCCUGUACCAGCCCGGGGCUGUGGUCUCCUCAACCCUGUGUGAAACCUGCCGGUGUAAGGUGCCCGGGGGCCCCGAGUCGGACACGUUCGCGAUCAGCUGUGAGACCCAGAUCUGCAGCACCUGCCCCGUGGGCUUCGAGUACCAGGAGCGGCAAGGGCAGUGCUGCGGGUUCUGCAAGCAGGUGGCCUGUGUUACAAACACCAGCGACAGCUCCGCCCACCUCUUCUACCCCGGCGAGUCCUGGUCAGACCCGGGGAACCGCUGCGUGACACACGAGUGUGAGAAGCACCAGGAGGGGCUGGUGGUGGUGACCACGAGGAAGGCAUGUCCCCCCCUCACCUGCGCUAAGGACCAGGCUCAGCUGAGCGAGGAUGGCUGCUGCCUGUUCUGUCCCCCAUCGAACCAAAGCAGCUGCGCUGUGUACCACCAGCACCAGGUCCUCCAGCAGCAGAGCUGCCGCUCCGCGGGGCCCGUGCGCCUCACUUACUGCCAGGGCAACUGCGGGGACACCGCCUCCAUGUACUCUCCGGAGGCCAACACCAUAGAGCACAGGUGCAAGUGCUGCCAGGAGCUGCAGGUGGCCCUGAGAAACGUGACCCUGCACUGCCCCGACGGCUCCAGCCGGGCCUUCAGCUACACCGAGGUAGAGAAGUGUGGCUGCGUGGGCCAGCAGUGCGACUCCACGGCGACCUCAGCCUCUCAGAGGAGGAGGAGCCCCAGCUCAGCCGGGAUGCGGGGCACAGGCUCUGGAGGACAGGGGCCCCGCAGCCCCGGCCUCUCCAGUAGAGCCGGCGGACGCAGCCCUGCCCUCGGGCCCUCCCUCCUGGACACACUGACGAGAGCGUCUGUGCGGUCUCUGCAAAUCUCAGCUUCCAAGGCCAGUGGCCCCUGAGUCCCCGGUCUAGGCGGCUGAAUCUAAGAUGCACUGUCCACCCACCCGGUCCCUCUCCAGGGUCCAGGGGCCCAGCCUGGGCAUCCAGCUCCCUCUUGCCAGGCCUCACUGUCACAGAAGGGUCUGCUCCACCGCGGCCCCGCGGACGUGGCCAUGGACUGCUCGGCCGGCCACCUGGAGGCUGGGCCUCAGGAAAGGGCCUUCGAUUUUGUCAAUAAACUUGGAGCAUUUUGCA